AAAAGUUCCCUAUUUAAAGCCGGACCGGGCACCACUUGGACACAAUUCGUCCUGACCAUCUGCACGAGCACCUACCUUCGAGCAGCAUACCAACGGAACACCGUCGUCGUCGUCUUCGUUAGAUAACCACCGAUUUAUCAACCACCUAUAUCAACAUGAAGGUCUUGUGCAUUACAUUGCUUUUGGUCGCUGCGGCGUUCGCUGAAACCAAAGACCAGCCGAUGAAACGUAGCUACAACUUCGGAACAACCGCCUCGCCUCUGGGAUACGGAGCUGGUUUUGGAUACAAAUCUGGAUAUCAAUCAGCGUACCCAUCAUCUUAUUCAGCUUACUCAGGUGCAUACCCAGCUGCGUCUUACUCAUCUUACCCAGGCGCCUCCCAGGCCUCAUACUCAGCCUACUCUGCAGGUGCCUUCCCAGCAUCUUACUCAGCUAACUCUGCUGCCUUCCCGGCAUCUUACUCAGCUCACUCUGCUGCCUUCCCUGCAUCUUACUCCGCCAACUCCGCUGCCUUCCCGGCAUCUUACUCGACCUACUCGGCUGCAUCAUCCGCUGCCCUCCCAGCAUCUUACUCCGCUGCCCUCCCAGCAUCUUCUUACUCUGCUGCCCUCCCAGCAUCUUACUCCUCUGCCUACCCAGCAUCUUACUCCUCUGCCUACCCAGCAUCUUACUCCUCUGCAUACCCAGCAUCUUACUCCUCUGCCUACCCAGCAUCUUACUCCGCCCACUCCGCUGCCUACCCAGCAUCUUACUCGACUUACUCAGCUGCAUCCCCGGCUGCCUCCUUCUACAGUGCCUCUCCAGCAUCUUACUCUGCUCACUCCGCUGCCUACCCAGCAUCUUUAUCGACCUACUCAGCUGCAUCUCCAGCGUCUCUGUCGACCUACUCAGCUGCAUCUCCAGCCUCAUUAUACGGUGCCUACCCAGCAUCAUACUCUGGUGUCAACUCCGCAUCUUACGCUGCUGCAUUGCCAGCAUCUUACUCUGCUGCCGUCCCAUCGUCGUACUCUGCAUACUCUGGAGCAUCUCCUUUGGCAUACUCCACCAACUCUGCUGCUGCUCAAGUAUUGUCCCUGAACGAAAAAUCUUACGGAAGCAACGCUGGAUUCGUAUCAAGCACAGUUGCACCAAAGUCUGCAUCUUACGGCGCAACCGAAUACCUAGGAUCUCAGACUUUCAACAUCAACAAAUAGAUAACGAUAAAAUAUACUUAUGAAACGAAAAUAUAACAAUGCAAAUCAAUGAAUAACGUGUUUGGAAUAUAAAAUAAAUACCUACAUUUCUUUUAAAAUUA